GGUGGAGACCUCUGUAUCUUCAUCCUGUAGAGUUCUGUCAGUAGAAGAACUUUGUUGAGAUCAGCAGAGGAGGGACAAUCAGGUUCUUCUCAAGGUUCCACGCCAAGGCUGCUCUCCUGCUCCCACUGUCAACCUUUCCACAAUGGAAGUAUCUACUGAGACAAAAUUGGGGCUGAUAAUGCCGGCCCACCCACCCAGUGGCAACUGGCACUACCAGUUUCGGAUCCUCCUGCUGGGUGAUUCCACCGUGGGCAAAACAUCUCUGCUGCGGCGAUACACAGAGCGAUGCUUCAUCCCAACCCCAUGUCCCACAGUGGGUGUAGAGUUCUACAGCAAGAUGAUGGAGCUCCCUCCAGGAAUCAAGGUGAAGCUUCAGCUCUGGGACACUGCUGGUCAGGAAAGGUUCAGGUGCAUCACCAGGUCUUUCUACCGGAACGCGGUUGGUGUGCUGCUGAUCUUUGAUAUGACCAAUCGAAGGUCUUUUGAGAGUAUCUUUGAUUGGUACAAUGAGGUGACCAAUGUGAUGGACAAAGUAAUUUUCCUCCUAGUUGGCCACAAAUGUGAUCUUGAAUCAAUGAACAGGGUCACCCUGGAGGAAGCAGAAGGCUUGGCCAUGUCUCUAGGCACAUCUUUUAUAGAAACAUCUGCCAAAACUGACACCAACAUAGACCUGGCUUUUGAGACUAUCACCAAUGCUAUCUAUGAGGCUCUGAGAAACAAAGAGUUUGACCUGCAGGAAGGCUGGGAUGGCGUGAAAAUCAUUUAUAAGAGGAGAGCAAGCAGUCUGCAAAGGAAGAAGCCAUCCAAAGAAGCAUGCCAGUGUUAACUCGGUUAGAACUGGAUGUUACAGGACACUGGCUAUUCAAAAUAGAAUUCUUCCUUAGAUGAAACACAGACUUAAUCCAUUGGGUUGAUCCUUACCAAAAUGAGACCAUCCACAACCUGUGACCCCCAAGUACUUUACUACAUCUUCCGGAGCUCUUUCUAAUCUCAUCUCAGAUCUUGUUUCCUGCUGAAAAUCAGUGACAUAUUUUCCCGUUGUCUUUAGAUACAAAAGAAAAGAGCAUUUUUUUUUAAUUCUCAACUUGAAAUGUUUUUUUUUUUUUAGCAUCAAAACUAAAAAGAUAUCACAAAUGAAAGCAAUGUACCAGGAUAAUGUUGCAGGAUCCAAUCUGGGUCGAUCACCGGGACUGGAGGGAGGUUUAGUCUUCCAGACUUUCAGAUCAUGCUGAAGCCCAUCCUCUGGGAACUUCUCCCUCACCAAUUUCUCUCUCUUCUCCUGGGAUGGGCUCCAGCACGAGUCCGAAAGCUUGGAAGACUAAACCUCUGGUCCCAGUGCCUGACCCAGAUUACAUCCUAAAAAGAGAUCCUCUGGGAAAUCUCAGCCCACUUUCACAUCACCAUCCUGUUAAUUGCAGCUCAUAGUCUCAACCUGGACAGGCUUUCUGGCCCUCGUCCUAUAUCCUUAUUCAUCCAGCUGCUAACUUCAUCCAGCCACUAGAUGGAAGGGACAAGUUGUGAGAAGGAUUGCAGACAGACAGAUGUAGUGCUGAGUCAGGAGUAAAAACCGCUGCACUAAUCCCAGCGUCAUCGUGCAGCCUUGUUCUGCAUUUUGCAGGUUAGAAACAGCUUCUUUCCAUUAUUCACUAUUUUACCUUGCUGUGUAGAACUGGGGAGAAUCUUAUGG